AUGUUUGAGUCGAACCCCAACACGCCCUCACCCGGUCCGACCAAUCGCCAAUACCUUGAGUCUCGCCAUGCGACGGCCGACUUCACCGAGGCCGAUGACGACGACGACGAAGAUGAGUCCAACGAAGAAGCGGACGAAGCGGACGAAGCUGGCGAGCUGCCCAGGCUGACGACGCGGUACCGGCAAGAUAGCGGUGGCAUGCAAGACAGCAGGCGGAGGAGCUCGACAUCUAUGCUCUCUCUCUUCGCCGCAAGCUAUCUGGACUCACUGCCCGUCUACAACACCGUUCACGCUAUACGAAUCAUCGUCCAAACACGUACCGAAACGUCGCUGUCAUGGGAGCAGCUGCGGUCGCCUCAAGUCUCCCAAUUUCUCAUCAAGCCCAUGCAGCAACAGAUCAGGACCCAACACUUCACGAGGGCUACCUUGUACGCACUCAUGGCCAACUGUCUACAGUUCGCCAAAGAAGCCCAAUUAUACCCCGGCAAUGCAGGUACGAGUUCUACUCGCGCCAAGGCCUGCGAGCUCCUUGCUCUGAAGCUGUUGAAGGAGUACAACACCAGAGAACUCAUAGACGCUCUGUCGUACGACUUCUAUCCCCUGCAAGGUCUGCCAGAAACCCCAAACACGCCGAGUCCCCGAAGCAGACAAUCUGCGGCGCGGUCUUCCACGCUUGAGGUGGCCAUUCGCGCCUCGGCCAAAUACUUUCUAUCACACCCUCUUGUUGUGCAGCAACUGGAAGCUAUCUGGAAUGGUGCUAUCAGCUUCUACUCUUCGGCCGAUCAACUACAUCGAGCCCCUCAGACACCUCCUAGUGCCAAACAGACGCCAAGACGGAGAUCGGUAGAUGCAAGAACGCCUCUCCUCGGCUACCAGCCUGGAAAAGAGAACCAGGGCCGUCUUCCACUUCAUGAGGUGCCCGUUAGACGAACUGUGACCUUGUACAACCCCCGCCACGCCUCUCCCCUCAAGCUGUCUCGGCUUCGUGUUCCCCGGUAUAGACAGUUCCUGUCGACUUGUUCACUGUUCAUCUUGAUAUGUCUAUUUCUUGCCGUUCUGGUGGAACGGUCGAGUCGCAUCACCUCCUUGGAACUGAUAUUCUGGUUCUGGAGUGCUGGUUUCAUGCUUGACGAGGUCGUUGGCUUCAAUGAACAGGGAUUUUCUCUGUACAUCAUGAGCUUUUGGAACAUCUUCGAUCUAGGGAUUCUUCUCUUGCUCAUCGUGUAUUACUGCAUGAGGGUCUAUGGGGUAUUCCUUGUAGAUCCACACCAUUGGAAUGACAUGGCGUACGACGUUCUGGCAUCCAAUGCAAUUCUACUCUUACCUCGUAUUUUCAGCGUCCUGGACCACUAUCAGUACUUCUCGCAGCUCCUCAUCGCUUUUCGGCUCAUGGCCGUCGAUCUCGCUGCCGUUUUCGUCCUUGUGCUCAUCAGCUGUUCUGGGUUUUUCGUCUUCUUUACCCUGUCCAAGAAUAGCAAUGAUGCUCCCGAUGUAGCAUACAAGAUAUUUCAAAUCCUGAUGGGCUUUACGCCAGCGGCCUGGGAUGUUUGGCCCGAAUACAACUUCUUGGGCAAACUUCUGCUCGUAUUCUUCCUCAUCAUGUGUCAUUUCGUCGUUGUCACCAUUCUAAUUACAGUCUUGACAAAUUCUUUCAUGGCCAUUGCUUCAAAUGCUACGCAAGAACAUCAAUUUCUAUUCGCCAUAAAUACCAUUUCAAUGGUCAAAAAUGACGCACUGUUCUCCUACAUUGCACCCGGCAAUAUCUUCGCCUGGAUGUUGAUGCCUUUACGAUAUUGCAUGCCAAUCCGCCAGUUCGUGAGAUUGAACCGCACCGUCAUCAAACUCACUCAUUGGCCGCUUCUCUUCUGCAUAUACUUUUACGAAAAGUACUUCCUAGCGUCAGCUCUUUACGAACCUACUGAUCUUGUGGAAAACCAUGGACGUGGACAAGGACGUACUCUGUCAUUGGCCGACCCUGCGAGCCGGACUGCGAUAUUCAGCCCCAACAUUCGAGUCCGCGAGGAGUCGGUCACUGGUCUGCAGAAGGACCGCGCAUUGGAAGAAGUAUUCAGGCGGCCUCCCGAUUCCGGCACUCUGCGACAUCAACGAAGGCAGGAAAGACGGAAGACCCAGACGGCCAUCCGGCACUGGAUGGAUCAGAAUGAUGACGUUGGAGAACCACAGUCCUCGAAUUGGCCGUCACUAGAUCGGCCAAUUGACUGGCACCGUCGUUCGAGCGUUGGCCGAGAACUACCGCGAAGAUACAGGACAGUGUCAGAUGUGAGAUCCGCCGCAAGCGAUCCUGCCGAUCUAAUUUCCAACAAUGGAUUUCCGAGGCGACACUUCAUCCACUCUACAGGAGUCAUGGACGAGGAACACACAGAUUACAAAGACCAAACGGAUGCAGAUGGUGAUGACGAGCUUGUAACCAACGAUGAGGAUGAAGACGAUGAACAUGCCACAGAAAGCCGCGCAACCGCGAAGUCGGUACCGCAAGAAGAGGACUACUUCACCACACCAAUGGCAACUCGAUUCGGUACUCUAGCCCCGUCAUCACUCAACUCAAGACACUCUUCUCAACAUCAGCACACAGCCAACGCCUCGCCGCGCACUGGAACUUCUCGACAAGGAGGUAUGCAUAGCCGCACCAUGUCCACAACCACGAUCCUCUACGCGCCUCAGGGGAGUGGCCGAGGAACAAACACUCCACCAUCGGUGUCGGAGCACACUUCAGGCAACCGUUCACGACCGAAGAGUAGCCGCCAAACCCCUGUAGAAACGCCGGCAACAGGUGCAGGUCACCGCUCUCCGCGGAGGACCAUCCACAUAGCGCCACCACCCACGCGGCCACGCCCGAUUCCGUCCAAGACUGCACCGACUCGUGCAGCUCUUUUGGGGACCGCCGGUGCGCGUCUUCGUCGGCUACCCUCACUAGACGUCGAUAUUAACUCGGACAUAGGACUAGACCACGACGCUAACAACGAGCUUGGUGCUGUCCCGGCGUCCUUCGCGACACAGAUGGCCAUGGCAACGGGUCAACUUAAAGGUCUUGGGCGUGGAAGUCAAGAGCGCGACAACGCUGAACGCAUGAGCCGUCUCGUCUUGGCAAGAAUGAAGACCCUGGAAGAGAGCUUCGCUGAAGUGGCGAAAGAGAUGCGCGGCAUGCGUAGUCAGGUGUCCACGUCUCAUAACUCGGAGAAUGGCAGUUGGAACGGUGUCAUGGAGGUGGGCGUAGCAGGGAAGGACCGAAAGCGCGUGCCAGUGAAGAAGGCGCAGGGCGGCGGAAGCCGACCGAGCAGCACGAGAGAAGAUAAAGUUGGAUUGUCGGGCGUGAAGCCGAAAAACAAGGGGAAGGGCAAGGAGGUUGCCAAGUCGGAAAGCGGUAAAGAACAGGAGACAAAGCGUAUCAGACGAAGAGGGAGUUCUUUCUGA